CUUUCUUAAUACAACGUAUUAAGUAAUGGAAACAUUUAAUCUGUUUCACCCGUUAGUGAAGUUUUACACAAAAACAGUUUUUAUCGAAAUUUCAUUAUUAUGAUACCAGCUGAAUAGGGAUAAAAUAGCACAGAAAAAUAGAGCUUCGUUUUCUCUAUCAUCUCAUAAAAACAGAAAAUUUCAUCAAGCCUUCUAUACGAAAUUGAGAUGCGACCGCCACUACUUUUGGGUACCCCUAAGUAGUAUUCAUAGCAUCAUUAUGAUACUGAGAACAUACGUACUUUUUUGUUUUGAUUGUUCAUAGUUAUAAUUCAGACUCGUAGGAAAAAAGAUAUGAUGAAAGGAAUUGUUUUGGAUUUCUUUAUUGUGUAUGAAAAUUAUAUUUAAAUAUUUUAUGAUUUAGAUUUCUUCGAUCUGAUUCAUCAUCAAAUGUACGUUCAAAUACUUUUGAUUCAACAAAUUCAAGUUUACUUCAAAUAGCUAAAUCAUCUUAUGCUGAAAAUAAACAACGUGAAGAUUUAUUUCGUUUAAAUAAACUUCGUCACGUAGCAUCCGAAUCUGUUCAACGUGCUUUUGGAAAUAAUGAUGAUGAUGAUGACGAUGAUAAUAAUAAUAAUAAUAAUAAUAAUGAGAGUACAUUAUCACGUAAACGUUCAUCAUCAUCAUCGUCAUCAUCAUCUUCAUCAAGUAAUAAUGACACAAAUAAUCGAACUAAAAAUAUGCAAAGUCCACAAUUUCAGAUGAGUAGUGGUCGUAAACGUUCGAAAAAACCUCGUCGAGCAAAACGAGCAAAUAAAAAAAUGCAAUUAGAAGAACCGAAACCAGAACAUUGUGAACGUUUAGAAAAACGACGAAAUCGUUUUACUAAUGAAACAACACCAACAAUUAUCAAACCAAUUCAAGCACCGAGUCCAUCAAGUAUAGUAAGUGAUAAUACCAAAGCCUUGGUAGGCACAUGUCAAAAAUUGGAAAAAAAUUAUUUACGUUUAACAAGUGAAGCUGAUCCAUCAACUAUUCGUCCAUUAUCAAUUCUUGAACGUGCUUUUUCUUUUGUUAUGGAUAAGUAUAGAUUAAACAAAGAUUGGUCAUAUAUAAGUGAUCAAUUAAAAAGUAUUCGACAAGAUCUUAUGGUACAAUCAAUACGUAAUGAUUUUACAGUCUUAGUUUAUGAAGAAAAUGCACGUAUAGCACUUGAAAUGGGUGAUCGUGAACAGUUUAAUCAAUGUCAAACACAAUUAGAAACAUUGUAUGAUAAUGGUUGUAAUCGUACACAUUUGAAUGAAUUUCUUAUUUAUCGUUUGCUCUACUCGUUGCUGCUCAAUGAUUAUAAAAAAACAAAUCGAAUUUUAAUUGAUAUUGAUACAGUAAAAAUAGCAGCAGCAGCAAACGGGAAGAGCAAAUCAAAAGAUAUUGAACAUAUUGAUCUUGCACUAGAACUCUGCACGGCCAUUCGCCGAAAAAAUUACAUUCAUUUCUUCAUUAUCUAUAGGUCCCUACCCCAACUUGCUUCUUGUUUAGUUAAUCUCUUCAUUGAUAUUUAUCGGAAACAGGUGCUCAAAGCUUUAGUUUGGGGGUUUGCUCCAUCAUUUCCAAUUGAAGCUAUUACUCAGAUGUUGGCUUAUGAGUCGAAUGAAAUAUGUCAAAAACAUUUGAGUUCAUUGGGUAUUACAUUGAUUGAUGAGUCAUUAUCAGGUGUUUCUAUUGAUUGCAGAGCAACUCGAGCAAUUUUCGAAAAAAAAUAA